UUUUUCCAUUCACUUCCGCAAAUAAACGCCAGAGCAGCUUCGGCCGCUUCAGAAAGUGAAAACAUCCGCCGCAGACCGAGCCGUGUGUCAUGGUGAAACUGACGGACAGAGGCUUCGACAACAGCGGACACACACCUAUUUAACAGAAGCUGCUGCAGCACUGGCAUCUUUGCCUUCCCUGACGACCCCCCCCACCCCUGACCCCGACCCCUGCUUAUGGUUUGAUGUUCGCCUGGCGUUCUAGCCGCAGAGUCGCAGCGACCACAUCAUGGUGGAUGUGACAAAAUGGCCCAUCUUCAGCCUGAUGGGGCCCCAGGAGCUAGCCUCAAUACGAAAAGCAUGUGUUUUUGGAACGUCUGCUAAUGAAGCUAUCUACGUAACCAAUGACGACGAGGUGCACGUUUUUGGGCUGAACUGUAGUAACUGUCUGGGAACUGGGGACAGCCAGAGCACCAUUGUACCCAAAAAACUGGACUUCCUGAGUGGGAGGAAGGUGGUCAGUUUGAGCUACGGCAGUGGACCCCACAUCCUACUGGCCACCGAGGAUGGUGAGCUGUUCGCCUGGGGUCAUAAUGGCUACAGCCAACUGGGAAAUGGGACGACCAACCAAGGCGUAGCUCCAGUGCUGGUGUCGGCCAACUUGCUCAAUAAGAGGGUCACAGAGGUGGCCUGUGGUUCUCACCAUUCAAUGGCUCUGACGGACUCAGGAGAGGUGUAUGCGUGGGGCUACAACAACUGUGGUCAAGUGGGUUCCGGCUCCACGGCGAACCAGCCCACACCUCGCCGAGUGUCCAACUGCCUGCAGAACAAGGUGGCCGUCGGUAUCGUCUGUGGUCAGACCUCCUCUCUGGCGGUCGUGGACAAUGGAGAGGUGUACGGUUGGGGUUAUAAUGGAAACGGACAGCUUGGACUUGGGAAUAAUGGGAACCAGCUGACUCCAUGUCGCCUCAUAGCUCUGCAGGGUUUAUGUGUGCAACAGAUUGUCUCUGGCUAUGCCCACUGUCUGGCCCUCACCGAUGAAGGAUUGCUCUACGCCUGGGGCGCCAACACAUAUGGACAACUGGGCACAGGCAACAAGAGCAACCAGCUGAGCCCGGUUCAGAUCAUGACGGAGAAAGAGAGAAUCGUGGAGAUCGCUGCCUGUCACUCCACACAUACAUCAGCUGCUAAGACCCAGAGUGGUCAGGUGUACAUGUGGGGCCAGUGCCGGGGCCAGUCCAUAGUCCUGCCUCACCUCACACACUUUACCUGCACUGAUGACAUCUUUGCAUGCUUUGCCACUCCUUCAGUUAUGUGGAGGCUUCUGACCAUGGAACACGAUGACUUCUUAACUGUGGCUCAAUCUCUGAAGAAAGAGUUCGACAACCCAGAGACGGCCGACCUCAAGUUCUGCGUGGACGGCAAAUAUAUUUACGUCCACAAAGCAGUUCUUAAAAUCAGGUGUGAACACUUCAGAUCAAUGUUUCAGUCCCACUGGAACGAAGACAUGAAGGAGGUGAUUGACAUCGACCAGUUCUCCUAUCCCGUCUACCGCUCGUUCCUGGAGUUCCUGUACACGGACACUGUGGAGCUGCCACCCGAGGACGCCAUCGGGCUUCUGGAUCUGGCCACGUCCUACUGUGAGAACCGCCUCAAACGUCUGUGUCAAAUCAUAAUCAAGAGGGGAAUCACGGUGGAAAACGCCUUCUCCCUGCUCUCUGCAGCUGUGCGCUACGAUGCUGAGGACCUGGAAGAGUUCUGCUUCAAGUUCUGUGUCAAUCACCUGACCGAGGUGACCCAGACGGCUGCUUUCUGGCAGAUCGACGGAAACCUGCUCAAGGAUUUUAUCUGUCGGGCCAGUCGCUGUGGAGCGUUCAAGAACUGAUCCCAGCGGCUUCUCCAUCCCCCUCCGAUGAACUCUGUACAGUAUUUCCUUCGCUGUCAAAUCGUAGAUUCACCUCAUUCCAGACCAGAACCUUUGAGUCCACUACCUGACCUGUACAUACUGACACAUACAGCACUGAUUGACCAAAGUGCCUGACAGCGUAAUGUGCAAAGCUAGAGUUAAACGCAUGGAGCGGGUUUUCAGAGCUUAGCUUGACGUUUCCUUUUAACUUGAAAGAGUCUUACCAGUUGCCUGAUAUCACUUUAUUUUUUCUAUUAUUAUGUUUUAAUUGACCAAGUUACUUUAGUUUGCACUUGUUUGAUACUUUCUGGAGUUCUUUUCACAAUCAUAAUAUGGAUGUGCAGUCUGGAGUCAUCAUAUCCAGGUUAAACAGGUAUGAUCUUUGCACUUGACAGGAUAAAAGAAGUAGUUUUAAGACCGGGCAGUGACUGUGGGGUUUAGGUGUGACGACAAUGCAUCAUGUUCUGUCUCAGCUGUGACUCAAAGAUCAGAGCCCUGAUUCUUAAACUGUUAUAGAUGAGAAAAAUGAUCAUUUAUGCACUACAUUUACAGAUUUCAUAUGUUGGAAAAGUGUUAUAUUGUGCAGCUAAUGUUCAUUUAUGUAAAUGAUCUAUUUUUGCAGCUCAAAACAAGUAAGUUUCACCAGGCAGGCAGGAAAGUUAUUUUACUAAAAUCUCUUUUGUGGUAUCUGCACUACUGAUACAAAGAGUUUGAGCACAUAUGCUUAUAUCUCUAUUGAACCCGGUCAUUGACAAUCUGUGUAUUUUUAAUAAUUGAUGCUGAAAGUGCCAGUUGACCCCUGCAAGAAAAAAAAAAAAAAUAAAGACUCCAAUGUAUGUAAGUUUUCAAGUUUUAAGUUUA